UCCCUCCCUUUCGAUCCUCCUCCUCUCCCCUCUCCGGUUGAGCGACCUCUGGCUCCCGCCUCUUCCGUUUCCGCCGCUGUCGCCUGUUUCUUUGCCGGAUGAAUGCUGUUGUUUCUCUGCCGGCACCAGAUGACUUGCUCUGGAGCUGCUGCAACUGACUCGUGAUGCACAGACUGACAUUGGAAAUGAGAGGGAAAUCAAGCUUUGUUUUAUCCCAGUUGUGAAGUGACAGUAAAUCAAUAGAAGAUGGGAGAGGCUGAAAGCAGAUCUAAAUCAUCUUCAGGAUGGCUUCCAGAAUGGAGUUUGGCCUUCUGGACUCUGUGCUCAGUGAUGGUACCAGUCAUGAUCACCUUGUGGUGCAGUUUUCGGCGAUCUCGGAGGCAAGGACUUCUGCAGGAUAUCUUGCAUAAAAGCAAGCAUGAUUGGCAAGAUAUAGACUUCUUUAGCCAGCCUACCUAUUGCUGUGUCUGCACCCAGCAUAUUCUCCAGGGAGCUUUCUGCAACUGCUGUGGGGUGUGUGUUGAUGAAGAAUGCCUGAAGAAAGCUGAUGGUCUUUUCCUAUGCAAGGAAAUUGUGACAAGAUGCCAAGAUGGGAGACCGGCUUCUAUGGUGCACCAUUGGAUCCGAGGCAAUGUUCCACUGUGUAGCUACUGUGUGGUGUGCAAACUACAAUGUGGUACACAACCCAAGCUCUGUGAUUACAGGUGUAUUUGGUGCCAGCAAACUGUACAUGAUGAUUGUAUGCAGAAUUCUUUGAAGAAUGGGAAGUGUGAAUUGGGAGAGUUUCACAACCUCAUUAUACCCCCAACUUACUUGCUCAAAAUCUCUCAGAUGCGUAAAAGUAAACACAUGAAUGACUACAAGCUAUCUGAGUCUUAUGGGAAAAAUUGGACCCCAGUAAUAAUUCUGGUUAAUACUCGGAGUGGAAACAAUAUGGGGGAAACCCUGAUAGGGCAAUUCAAGAUCUUAUUAAAUCCAAUUCAGGUAUUUGAACUAACCAAAGUAACUCCAGCAAAAGCACUCCAGCUUUGCACCUGGCUACCUAACAAUUCUGCCAGAGUCCUUGUUUGUGGUGGAGAUGGCACGGUGGGUUGGGUCCUGGAUGCAAUUGAUGGCAUGAAAAUAAAAGGACAAGAAAGGUCUGUCCCUCGGGUUGCAAUUUUACCCCUGGGCACAGGUAAUGACCUAUCAAAUACCCUUGGCUGGGGUGCUGGCUAUGCUGGGGAAGUUCCAGUGGAGCAGAUUCUACACAACAUCAUGGAUGCAGAUGAAAUCCAAUUGGACAGAUGGAAAGUUCAGGUAAUAAACAAAGGAUACUACAACCUAAGAAAAUUGAAGGUAUUCACAAUGAAUAACUAUUUUUCAGUAGGGCCAGAUGCCCUCAUGGCUUUAAACUUUCAUGUUCACCGUGAGAAGACUCCAUCUCUUUUUACUAGCAGGAUUAUUAACAAGGCUGUGUAUUUUUUUUAUGGAACCAAAGAUUGCUUAGUUCAGGAAUGUAAGGAUCUAAAUAAAAAGAUUGAGCUAGAGUUGGAUGGAGAGAAGAUCGACUUGCCCAGUUUGGAGGGGAUCAUAGUGCUAAAUAUUGCCUACUGGGGAGGUGGCUGUCGACUGUGGGAAGGAAUGGGGGAUGAACUUUAUCCUCUAGCAAGGCAUGAUGAUGGACUACUGGAAGUUGUUGGAGUCAAUGGCUCAUUUCACUGCGCACAAAUUCAAGUGAAGCUUGCAAAUCCUGUCCGGCUGGGACAGGCCCAUACAGUAAGGUUGAUUUUGAAGAAUUCAAAGAUGCCAAUGCAGGUGGAUGGGGAGCCUUGGGCACAAGGCCCUUGCACUAUCACUAUUACUCACAAGACCCACGCACUGGUGCUCUAUCACUCAGGUGAACAGACAGACGAUGACGUGUCCAGUGUGUCUGAACAGGAACUGACUAAAGAUCAAACUGAUGAAGACACAUAGGUCUUGAUCCAGUUUGGCCUGUUAACUAGUGAUGGUAGUUCAGCAUGGCUUUUGCUGAAAAACCUUGCACUAUGAUCCUGGCUCUCACAUAUAUAUAUAUAUAUAUAUACACAUACAGCAUCAAGAAGAAAAAAUAACAGAGUGGAGGAACCUUUCAUGGUAACUGUUUACUGAUUACUCUUUAGUAGUCCCUGAAAAAGUAUGUUAUAGUCCUGUGUAAUAGUAAUUGUUACCAGGUUUGUAAUUUGAGGCUUGAAGGCAGUUCUUCCAUUAAUUGCACAAAGCCACUCGGGGGUUCAGACGAUCCUUGCGCAGACAUAGCACCGUCUGAUCAGGAAUAAUCCGUGGAGUCAAGCUGCUCCUUUUCUCUCCCUUCCUCACCUCUGUUGGUAAUGCAUUCCUUUUUCUUUCGGAACCUAACAUGGCGCAGUGCCAGAACCAUUAUUUUUGCUCUCUUUUGAAAAUGGAAGGGUGAAAAUGGGGAAAUUUGUAUGAGAAAAAAAUUCGUAAGACUACAAAGCUCCCCUGGGGGCAAAAACUAUGUCUGCACUAGGUUCACAGCCUGCUUCAAGUUCAGUUUUGUUGAAUAAGUAUUAUUAUUGGUGACUUACAAGGCGCAGACCCCGCUGACUGAUAUUCUUACCUUUUUUUGCGAUCCUUAAUAGAGUGAGGGAUAGAUUUAUAUGCGGCCUAUCCAGUCAGUUACUGAUAAAAUAUUUUCUCAUAGGAAAAUGUUUGUCGUUUGGAAUAUUAAUCUUGCUUCCGUACUAGCUGUGUAAGAGGUUUUUUAAAUACGUGCUUUGUUUCUAAUGUCUGUUACACUGAUUUAUUUAUAAAAAUGGCAACUCUAAUUAGGACUCAUUAAUUAACUUACAACUUUGGAGGUUACUUUUAGACUCCUACGACAGGUAGGCUGCUGCCAGAUUGCAAAAUGUAAGGAAGUUAGCAAAUACGUGGCAGGAUCUUGCAGGAAUUUAGAUAAGAACACAGAUGCACUGAGAUUUCAGCAUUCUUAUUUUAGAACUUGGAGAUGUAUGAGAAUAGGUGAUUUUGUGGUAUUCCAGCUAUUUGUAUUACUGUGUUUUUAAUAUUCUGGCACCUGCCACUGGAAAAAAAAAACUUGCCGGUUUCUGAUAACCCAAAAAUCUCCAGCUUUUUGACAGUCUGGAUAUUUGAGUCCCAGGAGGGACUUUGGAGAUGCUGGUGAAGGGCUACAUGAGCUAGGAAGUUAGAAGAAUCUGUUAGUGGAAUGUACUUAUUCAAAGGAACACUGGGUCUAAAUAGGUAUGAGGUGAGCAUGCUUAAAUUAAUGUACGCAGCUGCUAUUAAUUUACUGUAGGCACAAUCUGUCAGGAAUUCUCUAUGCCUAGAUCCUACUAAAAUAACACAAUCCUAGUAAAUUGUGCCUUGAUCCAAAUAUUGCUUUUCUUGUCCUUUUAGGAAAUCUUGGAUCUCUCUCGUGAAAUAAUUCUUUUAAAGUUUGCUAGCCAUCUGAGUAGUAUAAAGCCAUGCUUUGAAACUAUUAUAUAGCUUAAGAUUGAUACACUUAUUUGAUGGUAGGGAAGUAUUUCAGUGUUUUGAUAAAUCAGGCAUGUUUAAAUAUUUUUGUGGGACUUAUAUGAAUGCAUGAACUGGUAUGUUGAAUAUGAGGAUCUUGUUUACUGCAGCUGAGUGAUUGCAAGGGAUAAGCAUCUGUUAGAGGCAGCAAGAGUAUAUGUGUUGGACCGUUUUGUUAACUGUUGCAAUUUUUUUUUCAGUUUUCUUGCUACUUGAUUAUUAUCAUAGUAUUUAUAAUAGUACUAUGGUUACUUUAAUAGUUUACACGGAUAAGUAUAUUAUUCAAAGGAUUUUUGUGUCCCUGAUUAUGUUCCGUUUAUACAAGGUUUAUUUAUUAAAUUUAUAUACCCCCCCAUCUCACCAAAAGCACAGCAACAGAUACAAAAUAUAAAAAUCCAUAUUGAAAACCUAUCUCCAGCACAAGAUAAUAGUAAAAUACAGUUGAUGUAAGCAGUGCCACUAGGCCAGGGAUAGGCAACCUUGGCUCUUUUAUGACUCGUGGACUUCAACUCCCAGAAUUCCUGAGCCAGCGUGGCUCAGCUUGGAAACCUCUCCCUUUCCCCUCAGCAUGGCUGGCUCAGGAAUUCUGGGAGUUGAAGUCCACGAGUCAUAAAAGAACCAAGGUGGACUAGGUGAAAUGCCUUCCAGUACAUCAGAGCAUUGCUGAUCAGAUCAGCUGGCCUGCAUUUUUCUUGCAUUGGUUCUCUGACAGCCUCGCUGGAGGAAGAUGAAAAAUGCCCUUGUUCACUCUUAUGCUUUAUCAGAAGCUGUUAUGAAAUUCUUGCCAUUAAUCAGAAUAAUGAAAAAAAGACAUAGUUACAACUCUUGACCUGAUGACAGUUCAGAGUUAUUAAAUAAAAUUACUUACAACCCAUUCCUUGAAGUUACAACUGCCGCACAAUCCCCGCAGUCAGGCGAUGGCAUUUCGGGCAGUUGGCGAUUUGUUUGCACUUGCGACAGGUUGCGAUUAUGUGAUUAUCAUUUACAAUCUUCCCUUCCGGUUUCCCCAGAAAGUCAGUGCAGAAGCCACCAGGUUGCAAGCUACUGUUGCCUGCAGAAGGGUUUCCCCCUCCUCUGCUAGAAGUGGAAGGGAAAUUCUAGCAUGGGGUUGGAGAAAGAAAGGUAUUCGAGAUUUUCUCCAGCCUAGCAUCAGAGUACCCCCUACCCCCCCCCAUGCACGCAGAAGGGAACUCCAGCAUUGGAUUGCAGAAAAGAAAUUUGCAUUCUGCAUGUCUAACCUUUUUUCUAACCUUUCUGCGAUUCAGAAACAUCAUGUUCGUAGCUUUCCAACCAGAAAAACCAGUAAGCACCGUGUUUCCGAAUAGUAAAAAAGGCUCUUUCCAGCCUUGCUUGCCUUCAGAAACAUCAUAAGAGCUGUUGUUUUUCUCACAAUUGUUUUAAAGCAGCGGUUCUCAACCUAUGGGUCGCGACCCCAUUUGGGGUCGAUCGCCCAUUUUUCGGGGGUCGCCAAAGGCGGCGAUCCGCCAUUUUUUGCGGUGCCGUGCACGCGCGCCGCGCAUGGGGGCGGUGCCACGCAUGCACGCCGCGCGUGGGGGCGGUGCCACGCAUGCACGCCGCACGUGGGGGCGGUGCACCGCACGCGGGGCGGGGCGCGGCCCGGCGCAUGCGCAGAACAUUUGUGUGACGGGGGGCGCCGUCACACAAACGUUGAGAAGCACUGUUUUAAAGGCUAGCAGAGCCACUUUUUACCAUUCGAAUACAUCGUGUUAUUAGCUUUCUGUUUUUCUAUUUUUUCCAGCCUUUCUGUUAUUCAGAAAAAAAUCACAUUCGCUACCUUUUUUUUUCUUUUUUAAAGGCAGUACUUUUAUUAUGAAAUAGUAUUAAAAAAUAUAUUAAAAAUCAGUGUGCAAUGUGACUUCGUUCAGCCUCACCACAGUGAGGCGCUGUUUUGGGAGGCUUCCGAGGCGUCUGGCUCCAUCUUUCCCUCAGGGAUCUCUUUCCCCUGUAGAUGAACUGCAGAAGGCCCCAUGAAACGAUCUCUUUUGGUUACCUGGGCGGGUUUCUUGAUUAUAUAUUUGUCUCGGUAAUAUUGUGGCAGGAUAUUGGUUGAGCAACCCUCUCUCCAGAUGCAUUGGAGGAGAGGCUCCAUUGUUCCCAGCCGGCGUAGCUGUGGUGUGGGAUAAUGAAACCUGCGAUCCAAUCACGUUCGCUACCUUUCUAACCAGAAAGCUAGCAAAUGCAAUGUUUCUGAAAGGUUGAGAGGCUAGCACACAGGAGGAAAGCAGCCAUGCCAGGGGAGAGGCAAAACAUUCAGAUCUUUGGGGACCCAAGCUUCCUUUCUCUGGCCAAGCAUGGGGGUUUCCUUCCGCACAUAGAGGGGAGAGGAAGUCUGAAGUGGGCCAAAGAAAUGAAGCUCACGUGUUUGGGAUCUCUGCGCAUGACAGGCAAAUGUUUCAAUCCAUCCACCUAAUGACCCAUGCAGUCGCUUUGCCGCCGCACUGGGAGGACUGGGAUUGUGGUCAUUGAGCAAGGCGGGUCACCUGGGCAUCUCACUUAAUGACUGCAAUGACUCAUGACCAGAAUUCUGGGCUCAGUAAAAGUUGAAUCAAGGAUUACUGUAUAUGAAAAAAUAUAUGCUUAUGCACUUUAUCAGCAGUAGAUCAAGAAACAAAGUCUGAGCAUCUAGCUAGCUCUUGGAUAUGAUGCCAGUCAUAUAGAUCUAACCAUUAGAUGCAUUUGUCUUUAUCUGAAUUGUUAUAUUGUUUUGUAAACAUAUUUAUUAACCUCUGUAUUUUGAUCUUGGGUAUCCUGUUGUUUGUAUGGAUUUGAAAAUAAGUUGACAGUGCUUUGAAAGAGUUUUGUUGAAUGACGUUGUUUCAUUCCUGUUUCUGUUACCUAGAGUAUUUAAUUCUUUUAGAACUGUAAGAAGCAUCUUGUGUCCCUAGCAGACAUAAUCAAUUCCAUGUAGUUAAUCAAGAGAACGAACCAAAUAGAAAUCAAUUCUGUGUAAGCAAAUUGUACCAUUCUGGCUCACAUUUUUCAGUGAAGAAGAGAGAAAGGCUUGUCAUUGUAUCAUUUAGAAUCUGUAGUAUGAAGUGGGCUUUUAAAAAUCUAUAAAUUGAUUUGAGUUUA